GGAAGAGAAAAAAAAAAAGUAUCUGAUUCCAACAGCCCUGAAUCGGUCAUCUUUUUAACAGGCCGCCACUUUCACUAUUUGCUUCUUGUUUCUCAAUCUACUGGUCGUCUCCUCUGCUCAUCUAUCUGAUUUUGGAGUAAUCGAGGUUGAUAAAAAUGGUGGAAGCCCUUGACCUCUUUCUGAAGAUCGGGUUAGAUAAGCGAACUGCUGAAAACACCAUCGCCAACAAUAAAGUCACCUCCAACCUUGUUGCCGUGAUUAACGAGGCAGCUGUCACCGAUGGAUGUGAAAGGUCUACAGGAAAUCUUCUUUAUACGGUUGCUACGAAAUUCCCUGCCAAUGCCCUUGUGCAUCGUCCCAAGUUGCUGGAAUACAUUGUUUCUUCUAAGAUAAAGGCUCCGGCCCAGGUAGAAGCCGCGUUUGCAUUUCUUACUGUCACUGGUUCAGAGGAUCUUGAUAUUAGUAAAUUUGAAGAAGCAUGCGGAGUUGGGGUUGAGGUAUCCGUUGAAGAUAUGGAGCGCACUGUUAAUGAAAUAUUUGAAGAGAGAAAGAGUGCAAUAUUGGAGCAACGCUACCGAACAAAUGUUGGUGAUAUAUUUGCUCAAGUGCGAAAGAAGCAGCCUUGGGCCGAUCCAAAGAUUGUCAAGCAACUUAUAGAUUCAAAGCUUUAUGCUUUACUUGGUGAAAAGACUGCAGCAGAUAACGAGAAGCCUGUAAAAAAGAAGAAAGAGAAACCUGUUAAAGUAGAGGAUAAAAGUACCACGGAAGAAGCUCCUCAAUCGAUACCCUCUGAAGAAGAACUCAAUCCUUAUUUAAUAUUCCCUGCGCCGGAGGAGAAUUAUAAGGUGCAUACAGAAGUAUUUUUUAGUGAUAGACCUGUGCUCAGAGCUUGCAAUUCCAAAGCAAUAUUAGAAAAACAUCUAAAGAUAACCGGAGGAAAAGUUCUUACCCGUUUUCCACCAGAACCAAAUGGAUACCUGCAUAUAGGUCAUGCAAAGGCCAUGUUUGUUGACUUUGGCCUUGCAAAAGAAAGAGGUGGUGGCUGCUACCUGAGAUAUGAUGAUACUAAUCCCGAAGCUGAGAAAAAAGAAUAUAUUGAUCAUAUUGAAGAAAUAGUGGGCUGGAUGGGGUGGAAACCUUUUAAGAUCACUUACACCAGUGAUUAUUUUCAAGAACUACAUGAUUUAGCAGUAGAGCUCAUACGGAGGGGUCAUGCUUACGUUGAUCACCAGACGCCCGAUGAGAUAAAAGAGUACAGAGAGAAGAAGAUGAACAGUCCUUGGAGGGAUAGGCCCAUCUCGGAAUCACUUAAACUCUUUGAUGAUAUGAAGCGAGGCAUGAUUGAAGAAGGAAAAGCGACCCUUAGAAUGAAACAGGACAUGCAGAGUGACAAUUUUAAUAUGUAUGACCUCAUUGCAUAUCGGAUCAAGUUCACUCCACACCCACAUGCUGGAGACAAGUGGUGUAUCUAUCCAAGUUAUGAUUAUGCACAUUGCAUUGUCGAUUCUCUUGAAAAUAUCACACAUUCGCUCUGCACACUUGAAUUUGAGACACGGCGUGCUUCAUACUACUGGUUGCUGGAUGCACUGAGCCUUUACCAGCCUUACGUGUGGGAAUAUUCACGCCUGAAUAUAACCAACACCGUGAUGUCAAAACGUAAGUUGAACCGCCUUGUCACUGAGAAUUACGUCGAUGGAUGGGAUGAUCCUCGUCUGAUGACGCUAUCUGGAUUGCGACGUAGGGGUGUCACUUCUACGGCAAUAAAUACUUUUGUUAGAGGAAUUGGGAUUACUAGAAGUGAUGGUAGUAUGAUACGACUGGAACGUCUUGAGUAUCACGUACGUGAAGAACUAAAUAAAACAGCAUCCCGUGCUAUGGUUGUACUAAAUCCACUAAAGGUUGUUAUUACUAAUCUUGAGGCCAAUUCGGUAAUAGACCUUGAUGCAAAGAAAUGGCCGGAUGCUCCUGGUGAUGAUCCAUCUUCUUAUUACAAGGUCCCUUUUUCGAGCGUUGUCUAUAUCGAGCAAUCUGACUUUCGAAUCAAAGAUUCAAAAGAUUAUUAUGGGCUUGCUCCUGGAAAGACUGUCCUACUCAGAUAUGCAUUUCCUAUCAAGUGUACUGAAGUGGUGCUUUCUGAAGACAAAAAGACUGUUGUUGAGGUACAUGCAGAGUAUGAUCCUUUCAAGAAGACAAAACCAAAGGGGGUUCUUCAUUGGGUUGCAGAGCCUUCUCCCGGGAUUGAUCCACUGAAGGUGGAAGUCAGACUGUUCGAGAAACUGUUUCUUUCUGAGAAUCCUGGCGAACUUGAUAACUGGCUUGAUGAUUUGAACCCCGAGUCUAAAGUGGUAAUGACAUGUGCAUAUGCUGUACCAACCCUACGAGAUGCAGCGGUAGAUGACAAAUUUCAGUUUGAAAGGCUUGGUUAUUUUGUUGCGGAUAAGGAUUCAACACCUGAAAAGCUCAUCUUCAACCGGACCGUUACAUUGCGAGACAGUUAUGGCAAAGCCUGGAAAUAGGUGAGUUUAUUCCAAGCAUAACUUGUUGUAGGACCAUGAACCUGCUUGAAUCGUAUGAAUAGAUUGUUUAUCAAAAAGAAUGAAAGGCUUUCCAUCUUUUAGUCAAAACAUGUCGGGUUUCAACUUUUGUACAUGAUAAAUAGAUUUUCUGGUUUCUUGUUUUAAAAA